CAUAAUGCUUUGUGAGUGACCGAGCGCGAAAACAUGGCGGAGGAAGUGAAAAAAUAUGCGAGUCGUUGACUUGACUUUGAACAUCGUUUACUUCAUUUUUGACCAUGGGAGAUUUAGACAGCGACUCAUUCCCUGAAAGAAAAGUCGAGGAUUUUUACUUCAAACAGCUGAAAAAACUUCAAAUAUUUGAUUCGCCCGAGGGUGGCCUUCCACUUGCUAGGACCAGCCUACUUGCGGUGUCUAAUAAGCAUGGGUUGUGCUUUGUUGGGUGUCCUACUGGUGUUAAAAUCAUCAAGACAGAUAUAAUUGGGAAGUUAAACCAACAGGAUGAAAGAAAUAUCAAUGCAGUAGUUUCAGAAUAUCCAUCAAUAUACAUUGAAAUUGGUGAAGCUGUGCGACAUGUCGGCUUAUCAUGUGAUAACAUCACUCUUUCUGUCUGCUAUGAAAAAGGCAAUAAUGUUAUGUUUAGGGUGUAUGACAUUCCAACCAUAUGUUCGCAAACUGGCUCUAAAGAAAUGCUAGGAGAAGUUGCUCUUUCCAGUGAUGGGAGUUCGCUUGUCAACCUGCUAUGGAAUCCUGUCAUUCCUAACAUAUUUGCAGCAUGUCUUAGUAAUGGUUCCGUUACCAUGUGGGAUAUGAGUAAUGCUAAGAUAACCAAGGCUGGAGCUCUGCCUGUAUCUACAAGAGCCACUGCAAUUUGUUGGAGUCCAAAAGGCAAGCAAAUAGUUGUAGGCCAUAAGGAUGGCCAUUUGACUCAGUACUCCCCGGCUCUAGAAGUCAAGAAGGAGACACCUAGUCCAGAAAUAUUUAAAGACAGUCCCCGACAAGUAACCAGCAUCUGUUGGAUCAGCGCCGCUGUAUUUCUUAAUGUCUAUACCACAGAAGAGGAAGGAGAUAUUCCACAGUGUGUUCUCGUUUGUAAUGCUUUGAAAACAUCUCCAAAACAAACCAUCAACUUUGAUGACGUUUAUUUUGGGAUGAAUGAAGACAGAGAAAAAGGGUUUUACACUACUCAUUUGUUAGAAUGGAAUGUUACCUUGUCAGUUUCUUGUAAUGCAUUCGAAGUUGCUGUUUUUGGAAAUGAGGAAAAGUGGGAAAAAUGGACAUUUGAAGAUGAGAAAAGAGCAGAGAUGCCUUUGACCAGUGACAAUGAAGAGACAUAUCCCAUGGGGAUGGCUAUUGACCUUACAUCUACUAUUCCUAUAGUGGAAAAUGAGCACAGUUAUCCUCCUGCCCCUCUCCUCCUCCUCUUGUCGACAGAUGGUGUCUUGUGUCCUUUCUACAUGAUCAACAAGAAUCCAAGGGCUAAACAUGAUAUUGUAAGGCCAGCAGAGCCCCUACCUCCCCCGGGACCAAGACCCAAGAUAGUGGGGGAUGCACCGGUUUCAAGAAAAGCUCCAGAACAGCCAAGGGGUCAGCAACAAGCAGUCUUUCAAAUUCCAAAAACUGCAGCAACUCUACCAAACACAGCACUUUCCCAACCUGCAACAAAACCUCUCCCAACAAGUUCCAGUUCCAGCCCUUUCUCUUUAACAUCCUCCAGUUCCUCACAGCCAGCUGCCAAUGCUGCUAGCAGUAAGCUGUUCAAUUUCACCACACCCAGCACCCUUGAUUUUACUACCACGCCUGUAAAACCUGUUACAACAGAGUCCAAAGCUGUAGCUUCUGAUGGAGUCACAUCAACAAAUUUGUUUGCGAAGAAGAGUGACUCCAUGGUGCCUCCAGGGAGUGGGUUUUCUACCUCUGGGUUUCCAAUUGGGUUUACAUCAUCUGUUCCUCCCUCAACAGCUACACCAGAGAAGCCAACCUUACAGCUACCAACCUCAAAAACAAAUUUUCAGAAUUUGUUUUCACCUCAGCAACCAUCAUCUCUGCCAGGCUUGGAGAAACCAACUGUUGGAUCACUUUUUAAACCCAUGCUAACAACCCAACCUAUAAGUGCCCCAAAAGAGACAGAUUCUUUGAAGGACAGUGGAUCACUUUUUAAACCUAUGCCAACAACUCAACCUAUGAGUGCCCCAAAGGAGACAGAUGCUUUGAAGAACAGUGGAUCACCAUUUAACCCCGUGCUAACAACCCAACCUAUAAGUGCCCCAAAGGAAACAGAUGCUUUGAAGGACAGUGGACAAACUUUCAGGUCACUGCAAGUGGACCGAGAAAAGCAAGAGCAAAUAAAGAAACAAGAAAAAAUACAACUACAGCAGCAGCAACAACAACCAAGAGAGCAAGAACAACUACUUCAGCAACAACAACAAGAGCAGCAAAUAUUGAAACAGCAACUGCAACUGCAACUGCGAUUACGCAAACAGGAGCAGGAACAAUACCAACAGCGACUGCUGCAGCAGCAGCAACAACAACAAAGAGAGCAAGAACGACCACUUCAGCAACAACAACAACAACAAGAGCAGCAAGUAUUGAAACAGCAACAGCAACUGCGAUUACGCAAGCGGGAGCAGGAACAAUACCAACAGCGGCUGCAGCAACAGGAGCAGAAACAGUACCAGCAACAACUGUAUCAACAGCAGCAAGAGCAACAAUUGCAACAACGCCAACUUGUGCAGCAACAGCAUCAGCGCCAACAGGAGCAGGAACAGUACCAACAGCAAAUGCAACAACACAAACCCCAGCAGCAGCAGCGCCAACUGCAGCAGGAGCAACUUGAGCAGCAACAGCUUGAACCAAUGACCAAACAAAUGUAUUUAAAUAAAUGUAUUAAAUGUAUUGAUGAAGAGAUUCAACUCAUCAGUGAAGAAUUGGAAGAGCUGGGGGAAAAUGUGCACCAAAUGAAAAACAUGUGCUCUGAAUUUGUUCAAAAAGAGGAACUGGAGAGACUGAGAGAGGAAACUGAGCUUGAAGCCAAAACGUGUGAUGAGCUGAAAAAGAUUGCAAAGGAUCAUAACAGUGAGAUCCAAGAUGCUAAGAAGAAACUGCUCAGUUCGUUUGAGGUUCUUGAAGAUGCAAGAGUUCGUCAUCACAGAGCAAAGGAUCGUCGCUAUCUUCACCUGCUAAAGUCUCGAGGUCUAGAUCCAAUGAAUGCCAACAAGAUGAAAACAAUAAGAGAGCUUUAUAUGCAUCUUGAUAAGACACUUGGUGAAGUCCAUUUGGUUCUUGAUGAAGAAUGGAACAAAGAAAAUGAAAGUCGAAAUAAGAUUCAGCGGCCAACAAUGGAUGCCGUCUACAGGACAUUACAGGCUCAUCAAAGAGUUUCUCAGGAACAGUCUGUCAGGCUAGAUAAAAUUGCUGAGAAGAUGAAGCGCAAGAAAUUGUUAUCCCUGUCUUGGAAUAAACCAUCAGCGAGCAUCGUAAGCUCAAGGGAAAAUAUGAAUGAACUGUCCUCUCUUGAGGGAUCUAUGAAAAGUCUUGAUCUGGAUACCACUGCACAAUCAUCAAUCAAAGUGCCAGAUAACAUUCCAGCCAACAAAUCGGCCCAGCUUAUCAACAUGUUGAGAAAGCGACAGACCACACCAAUCAGAAGAAGCGCUGUUGUCAGUCCAAAUACCUCUCGUGCAAGACAAAUCCAGAGAAGAUUAGCAGAGCCAAUAACAAACCUUUCACCACCAAGUCGCCAGGGACGCAUUGUCUCUGAAACUCCUUUAGUCAAAAGUACAAGUGCAACUUUACCAUUGUUUUCCUCUACACCUGCUGUACCUAGUGGCCCAGAAAAAGCCUUUGCGUUUGUAGAAAUUGUUGGAGGAAAGUCAAGGGAGAGCAAUAUUAAAGAGGAAAAUGCAUACCAAACCAGUCGUGCAACUCAUCCCUCGUUUUCCUCUACGUCUGCUGUGACUGGUGGCACAAGAGAAGCCUUCUCGUAUGAUGAAGGAAAGUCCAGAGAGAGCAUUAUCAAAGAAGAAAAUGCAUACCAAACCAGUCCUCAGUCUCCAGCUCUCUUCACUUCACUGGGUUCUACAAAUGCAUCCAAGGCGACAGGCGAAACAUUGGGUUUUAGUGCUCGACCUCAAAGCAUAGGGGCCCCAACACUUUCUACUGCAACUACUGGAGCACCACCUCGAAUGACAGCGCCAAAACCAAUUUUCGAUAAAACUGGUCUUCUUCCCCAACGGACAGGAACUCCACCCCUGACAAUUGCAUCUAGCAAUGCUGGAACAUCUCAAUCCACAGGAUCCACUCAAAUGUUCAAAUUUACAGAACCAACUGGUACUCCAGUAGCACGAAGAACAGGAACACCUCCAUUAAGUACAGGGGGGUUCAACAUGGCCCCUCCAAGCUCAGACAAAAGCCUGGAAGGUUUUCCCUCAAGCUUUACCUCGAAGAGUUCUGUUAAUUCUACAAAAGAAGCCGCUUUGAAGUUGCCAAGUGCUGGUCCUGGCGAUAAGACAAUUUUAAAGCAAAUGCCCCAACAAACCCCAGUCAGUUCUACACGUGAUAUGCAAACAGUUACCCCUGCGGCUUUAGCAGCAAUGAGUCGAGCAGAAGAAAUGCGUGCAGAGAAAACCAAUCUUGAUCCUUCUGCGAGCAUUGAGCCACGAUCUAUGGUCACCCAUGGUCAGUCUGGAGGUGAAAGAGCACGAGAUAUUGAAAGUGAAAACAAAGCUGCAAAAAGUAUCGCUGAAGAGGCUCUAAAACACUCCCAACUAGAGGCCGAGAAAGCUGGUUUCAAACCACAGAGUAGUACCGAGUUUGCCAUUAAAGGCACUGAAAGUCCUAAGCCAGGUCCACCUGUGGUGACUGUGAAACCAGUAUCUUCAAAAGAUAAGAUACAGCCUUCUAAUUUGACAGUCAAACCUGUGCCAGUCCCAGCAACACCUUUGACCCGACCUUCCAUAGUACCACCAGGCAGCUCUACCACAGCUUCUGGCUUUAGUUUUGGGACAGCGAAGGACACCGUACCUUUGAAGGAGAAUUUAGGACAAGGUACAACAACCAAGCCUACUUCUUUCUCGUUUGCCGCAUCUUUAAAUACCAAGAAAGAAACAGAAACCAUUCCUGCUGCAUCUUUGGGUAGUGAAAGCAGCAUUCAGCCGAAGAGUAGCCCACUAAACUCGGGGAUCAUAAAGCCUGAAGUAAUAUCCUCACCAGGAGUAAACCGACAGCUAUUUAAAGACAGUUCCAACCAGAUUAACAAUAGCAACGGCCAGAAGGAGCAAGCAGAUGUCCCACGAGAUUUGCAGAAAUUACCUGAAAGUGAUACUCAAAUAACAAAAGGAACCUCUAUGGGAUUUCAGUUGAAUUCAAGCAAAGAGAAUGUUCCAUUUAGUGCACCAACUUCUACUUCUUCAUCUAGUAAGCCAAACGAAGGAGCACCUUCUUUCGGAUUUAAAUUUGAAUCACCAUCUGGAUCACCAUCCUUUGGACCUGUCCCUGGAAAAGAAACUGCAUCCUCUGUUUCUAGUGGAGUAAAGCCAUUCAGUCCUGGUUCGGCUGCAGGUGGGGGGCUUACCUUUGGACCAACAAGCACUGCUGCGCCUUCUAAUGUGUUCAGACCAUUUGCUAACAUUCAGACUACAUCAAGUUCAUCCCCGACAUCUUCAUUUGGUUCAAUAACCAUGAGUGCUACUGGCGUUACCACCCCAGGGUUAUUCUCGUUUAGCACCAAAGACCCUUCCUCUACGAUCUCUGCAACGUCAUCCUCAGGUGCAUCUUCUGGAGUUGGCAUGUUUACUUUGACACCAAAGACCACUGCAGCAUCAUCCACAACUGUUACUGCUGUCACUUCUGCAGGAGUAAUUGCUGCAACUUCAUCAGAAGUAACAUCCAGUCCAUUCAGUAGUUUUACGUCUUCAGUUCAAGGAUCAUCACAAGGGGGCCUCUUGGGGUCAUCAGCAGAAGCAGCAACGACAACACAAGGCAGAACCUUUAAAGGGGGGCUCUUUCAACAAGCAACAGCAACAUCUUCUCAGGGAGGGACUCCUCAAGGGGGCCUUUUUGGAACAAAACUAGCAACUUUAACAGGAGGGACUUCUCAAGGGGACCUUUUUGGAACAAAACCAACAACUUCAACAGGAGAGACUUCUCAAGGGAACCUUUUUGGAACAAAACCAACAACUUCAACAGGAGGGACUUCUCAAGGGGGCUUUUUUGGAGCCCAAACAUCAGAUUCACAAGAUGGCCUUUUUGGAACAACAACAACUUCACCAGGAGGGACUUCUCAAGGGGGCCUUUUUGGAUCAUCACAAGCUUCUCAAGGAGGAGGACUUUUUGGUGUUUCAACAACAUCCCAAAGCGGAACAGGACAGUUUGGAUCGCCUUCCUCCUCUUCCUCAUCGGCAUUUGGUCAACCCACUUUUGGUCAACCUGCUUUUGGUCAGUCUACAAGUACUGUUACUUCACCAACUUCAUCUGCUUUUGGCCAGUCUGCAUUUUCGAAACCUCAAGAAACGACCUCAACUGGAACUGGAAUAAGUUUUGGUGGUUUUGGACUUGGGGGUCAACCAAGUCAACAGGCUAUCAAAAAUCCUUUCCUUGCCUCUGCAACAUCCAGUCCUUCUGCUGGCACUUCAUUGUUUGGUGCAAACACCUCUACUGGCUUCAAGCCGACUUUUGGCAGUGGAACUCCAUCAUCGUUUAGUCCCCAGUCUUCUGGUGGUUUCGGCGGUGGAUCGUUUACCAAAGGGACUGGGAAUGUAGCAUCGUCAGGAUUCUCUGUGGGAGGGGGAGGUUCCCCAGGGUUUGGUGGCUCGCCUUCCUUCGGUAGUGCUCCAGUCUUUGGAUCGUCACAAUCAUUUGGCUCGUCUGCACCUGCUUUUGGCUCAGCUCCAGUUUUUGGCAGCUCGCCACAGUUAGGAAUGGCAACGGCUGGAGGUUUUGGAAGCAGCACCGGAAGUGGUAGCUUUGGAAAUGUUUCAGGUAGUCCUUUGUUUGGUGCUCUCGCUCAUCAAUCCGCAACUCCAAGCUUUGGCAACGUGGCGCAACAAGCACAGCAAGGACAGCCUGGUUUUGGAGGAUUCGGUCAACAGUCCGCGGGAUUUGGAGGGUUCGGCUCCCCUGGGGGAGGUCCAGGGGCAAGCCCUGCGUUCGGUGGAAGUCCUUCUCAAUCCUUCAACCAAUGGCGGUAACUACAAUGAUAACCAUAAACCAAUGCUAAACAAAAAUAUUUUAUUUGCUUUUGUCAAGCCUGCCAACUAGGAUAUGAAAUAAAUAUAGUUCUAGUCUUCGGAA